UUGUAUAAUUUAAGUCUUCAUAAUUCCCUUCUAAUUUCACUCUUCACAUACUUUUCUAGCUAGGUUGGAAUUAUUUGUAUCCUAAAGCCAUGAUAAAAGAAGUGAAAACUCAGGCAAAAAUUGGUGUUGGCUUAGAUCUCCUGUGGAAAGCUUUAGUUAAGGAUUUGAAAUUUACCAUUCCAGACAUGAUCCCUAAUUUAGUGAAGGAUGCAGAUGUGAUUGAAGGUGAUGGUGGCCUUGGUACAGUCUAUCUCUUCAAUUUUGGCCCUGAGAUCAAAACAAUGACCUACCAGAAGGAAAAGAUUUCAGAGCUUGAUGAGUCGCUGCACCGAAUCGCUCUGGAAGUAAUAGAAGGCGGCCACCUGAAUCUCGGAUUUUCAUACUACAAUACAAUUUUCCAGCUAACUGCUACUGGAGAAGUGGAGACUCUAAUUGAUGUUACUGUGGCAUAUGAGUCUGACACAGAAGAUGAUGCGUUGCCAUCAAAGACAACAUCAUCUACAUUGGCUUUCAUCAAGAACCUGGAAAAUUAUUUGCUCAAGGCUGCAGCUUAGAUGUUUUCCUUUACUGGGUUCUGCUUCUCUGAAUUCAGAGAGAUGCCUAUCUCGUAAUGCAAGAAAUUACUGGUUCAAAUAUGUAUAAUAUGGAGCAGUAAAAAUAAUAAGUUUAUUGCUUUUCUGUGAUUGAACAUUUUUUCAAUAUAAUUAUUUUUCAAUACAUUUUCAA